AUGGGCUGGAUGAACCGAGAAGUGGGCGGAAACAGUCGUGAGAUUAAAAAGCCUUGUCGGGAUGCAUUUCGUUCCACCUUCCACACACUCACGAUCUGGUUUCCCCUCGACAAUCUCUGCGGCUUUGAUGAAAGCAGUGGGUCAAACAACGGCUUUAACACUGGAGCUGUGAAAAACGAAAACGGGGUAAAUUAAAACUAGUUUGUCGAUAGUUACUUUGGCUUGACGUCCUUUUUACUCGGAGUUUAUCGAAUUUAAUGCUUCUGUCGAUGGCUCGACAGCAUUAACUAGCUAUCUGGCUAGCCAAAUCGUUUAAUUGGCAUUCAUUGUUUUAAAAUGCCAUUUCCAUAUUGCUUUACGCUUAGAUUGUUUAGUCGGUUGACUCAGUUGGUAAUUAAUUUGAGGAUAUUGGUGCGAUUGAUUAACUAACUAGCUAGAUUAGUUAACUGCAAAUUCAUGCUGCUAUGCAGUGUUCUCACGCAAAGUGUUUGCUUCUAGUAGCGCAGUGUGGGUUCAGUAAACGUGGUUGGACAACGGGCCAUGUUGCGUUAUGUGAAUUGGGUGAACUAUUUUGAAAUGUAAUAUUACAGCUACUCCUUAAAGUUACAUUCUUCCAAUGUUUAAUGUCUAGCUUGAUAUAGGCCUAACUAGGCUAUUGUUGUCAAAUAUUCCCGAUUGUUGUCUGUUUAUACAAUUCAUUUCUUUUUCACCACAGUGCUCCCGUCGGGUUGAAAGCGCCGCAUCAUCUUGACCAGACAGCACAGCGAUAAUUUGCUUCAUUCUCUAAAAUAAACAUUUUGUUUUGGGAGAGUGUAAUUUGAUACUACAUAAACGCUGCAGCCGCCAUCAGUCCCUCAUAAUCAAAUUUAAUCAAAGCAAAAUGGUGCAAAAUAUGAUCAGCGAAGUCACUGGAUUCCAUAGCUCUUUCAAGGUGAAUGAGUGUUUCUAUUAGAUUGCAUUGGUUACAAGAUGACGAAGUGAGACCAGGCUCCAUCUUGCAAUAUUUAACUACAUCUGUCUUCACACUUGGGUGACAAACGUGUGUCCUUGCUACCAAUGUUUACAGUUCACACAUGCAGAUAUGGAUAAUGACAGACUAAUUGAGUUUCCCAGGGAAAAUGUUAAAUUGGCCUACUUGGACAAUGUUUUUAAAUGGCACAACAUCACAUAUUGGUUCAGAUGUUAUUGUAUAUGUGAAGCCUGUGUACAAGUGGGCAGUGUACAGAAUUGUUCACUGGAUACAGUAUCAGCUGUGAAAUUCUUGAAACUUGACUCAAUAUUGAAAUGGAUGAGGCCAUGGCCAGUGUAGCUAAUGGUUUGAUAAUUUUAUCAUAAAUUGUGUGGGUAAUUUUGAACAAUGCUUAACUUUUUAGUUUAAAUUCACCCAUUUGUUCUGUUCAUCUAGGGCCAAAAUCCCUUUGAGACUGAUGAAUUCACAAAAAAUGGAUCCCUCCUUGAUUCCGACUUCAAUUUUGAGUCGUCUAAUAGACAUGGUAAGUGUAUUCAUUUGUUUGUACUGAACCCUUGACUAGAAGUUCUCAUCUUACUCCAAUAGGUCAAUAUCGGCAUCCUGGGACACAAACUCUGUAGUACAUUUACAUUUACAUUUUAGUCAUUUAGCAGACGCUCUUAUCCAGAGCGACUUACAGUUAGUGAAUACAUAUAUUAUUUUAUUUUUUUUAUACUGGCCCCCCGUGGGAAUCGAACCCACAACCCUGGCGUUGCAAACGCCAUGCUCUAUCAACUGAGCUACAUCCCUGCCGGCCAUUCCCUCCCCUACCCUGGACGACGCUUGGCCAAUUGUGCGCCGCCCAUGAGUAGCAUUUCCUAUGUUAAGUAGCACCCUGUAAUUCUAAAUUAUUCUUACAGAUUUUUAUGAUUGUGUAGAUAUUCCCUCCAGCCAGCCUAUUGACAUCCCUGAUGCCAAGAAGAGAAAUAAGAAGAAAAAGCGUUGCAGGGCAACUGACAGCUUCUCUGGUCGAUUUGAGGGUGAGUAAUUUUCUUCUCAUGUAAAGGACAGAUUCUGUAGAUUAUAGUACAAAAUCAAGCAAUUUUUUUCUACAGUUUACAUUUUUUGUACAUUUGUCCUACCAGAUGUCUACAGGCUGCAGGCAGAGGUUCUUGGAGAGGGGGCAUAUGCAAGAGUGCAGAGCUGCAUCAACCUCAUCACCAAUAAAGAAUAUGCUGUGAAGGUAAGAUGUUUCUCAUGCUGCACGAGUUCUUUGAAAAGGAACCCCAAUAUCAUUGAGUGCCUGAAUGUUUGAGUGGUUUGUAUAGAAUUUGGGAACGUGACCAUUUUUCUAGGAAAGGUUAUUGAAGGCUCUCCCAGGAUAUUGCCAACUUCAGAGGAUAGUGUCUGAAGUGUGCGUCACUCCUGACAUGGGCCUGUGACUGCUAUCAUUUCACAUCGCACUUCUUUGCUGUCUGGGCCUUGGGUUGCGAUCGAUAUGGGAAUGUUACAUUGCAAAAGACUGCACAUGGUUAUCUGAUCAUUAGCCACAAGCUGUGAAUUGUGCACGUGAAGGAAUUGCUCUGGAAAUGUAGCCCCUUAAUUCAUUUCAUGUUUUUUUUUUUUAUGGAAGACCCUAUAGAUGCACUAUAUCAAUGAGUCUCUUGGACACAGUCUUCUCUGGCAUCUACAUUUGUGGACUGUAACCUUGUUUGGGACAUUCCAAGACAGAAUUGAUCAUUUUUGUUAUUUUUAACUGAUGUCUGAGGCUCUGCCAGUGUUGUGCUGCUGUUGUAGUUUUUAUGGGCACUGGGUACCUAGCUACUGCUAGCACAGAAACAUUACUGUGUUUUUCUGGCUCUGCCAGCCAAUAAGACACCCCCCCCCUCUUUGCUCUCAUUCGUCAGCCAGGCUCCUAGUGGCAGGAGGUGUGCUGGCAGCUGUACCAAAACAUAAACCUGGGUAAGGGUUGUGACCUGGUGUGUUCACUUUUUUUUUUUGUUCCUCUAGCGCCACAGUUUUUUUUUCUACAAAAUGGGGCGUGGAUUGAAAAACAGUCGUUGGAUUCCUGUGGCUUCUUGCCUCUUUCUCUCUCCCUUUGCCAUGAGAUGUUGUGCAAUUUGGUCUGGUUUUCAUUUUUGCAGAAGUGUUGUAAGAUUUAGUUAGUUCCAUAUUUUGUAUGGAUUCUUUGACUGCUGUAAGACUACUUUUGCAUCCAGUAUAUUAAUGGUAUUUGUUCCCGUUAAAUCUUUCUAGUAAUAGAGUUGUUUACUGAAAAGAGGGGUCCUAUGGGGGGGGGGGCGGGGGUUGUGGGAGAACCAGUGUCUGAAGGUCAGUUGUGGCUCUGAAGGGGCUCAGACCGCCCACACCAGAUGUCCUCGUCAACUACCCCUCCCCCUCCCGAUGUCUGGAAGGGGGGCGGGGACUCUAGUGUUGCAAUCCGAACAAAAGCCAGAGCUGCAGGAAAACAAACUGAAGGGGCCGGUCUCCUAUCUGCUUACCUUCUUCCCUGCCUGGCUAGCUUCAUCCUGGGGCCCAGCACACUGAGUGCUCCUGGGCUGUCUAGGCAUUCACAUGUCUGGGUUUAUUUACAGACCUGCAGUAUGAUUCAAUAGGGCCAUCCUGAAGCCAGGCUGCAGGGAUUUAUAGCCCCUGGAGGUGCUGGGUGACUGUCUCUGAGAGGACAGUAAAAUCCCCACAGCCCUCCAUGGGGACAAAAGGGGCUCACCCCCAUGUGUUGGCUAUCCAUUUAGCCAUCUAUCAAUUCUCCCAUUUAUUAGUUAAUCAAUACUAGUGUCUGCUACUUGGAGGCUACUCAUUGGAGGUUGUGUUCAGGAGAAAGUAACAGGUUUUUGUGCUGACUGUUUAGAAUAUUGCUUAAGCUUUGGACAACGCAGGCCUCUAAUCCUAUAAACAUUGUGCUCUGACCCGGUGGGUUUCAAUGGCAUCCCUAAUCCAGCUAGCAGGAAGAGCGUCACGUACACCCUCAGACAAUGAGAAGAGGGGGCAGCUGGAAAAAUGGAGGCGUUUGCUUUUAGUGUCAGCAGUCUCUUUUGGCUUUGCAACAAGCUAGGCUGCCAAGCAGCGGCCCACAACAGUACUACAGCUAAAUUUAGUCUCCACUCUGUUGUUGAUGCAACUGGGAACUGGUUGCCUGUGGGGGCUGGAAUGAAACCUUUUGAUUUCAUGGAGCAAGCCUUGAAGAUUGGAAUAUAGGUUACACACGUAUACUAUAUUUAGAGGUGUGAUGCUUAACCUAUUGGCUGUCUGGGUGGGUAGGCACUAGGCAAACCUCAGAAGUAUGUUAACCCUUCAUCCUAACUGUGCCUAAAGUGGUAAAGGUUGGAAGGUGGGGCUAAGGGCACAUGGUUAUUUCCAUUCCGUGCACAGUAUAGUAUGAUGCAUACAUGGUGUUUGGAACCCCAUCCCCUAACCCAGACUCCUCCAUUCCAGAUCAUUGAGAAGAGACCAGGUCACAGCCGCAGUCGCGUUUUCAGGGAGGUGGAGAUGCUGUACCAGUGCCAGGGUCACAGGUAAGAUUACUGCCUAUAUGUCCAACCACAUGGCUGACUUGUGACACUUUUUAGUAGAAAGCAGUGCACCUUACUUCACCAGAUGCUCUUGGCACUUAAUGAGUAAUGCUCUGAGAUGUUUUUCCAGUUAUUCAAUACAUAUUUCCAGACUGACAGCUGUUUUAGUAAUGGUUGUAAUCGUAUGACCACAUAAUGACCGUGUCCUGUUUCCUUCACUGCAGAAACAUCCUGGAGCUGGUGGAAUUCUUUGAGGAGGAAGACAAGUUUUACUUGGUGUUUGAAAUGCUAAGAGGAGGUGAGUGCUUCUAACCAUGCUUAAAUGCUCUGAACACUCACACCCAGUCUCGGGGGGGGGGGGGGGGGGGGGGGGGCGCGCUGCGCUAAUGGAAAGCUAUAGUAAAAUGCACCAUUUCCUCUUGCAUGCGUCUCAUAUUGAAUUGGUCGGUGUAGCUUAAUACAGGCACUUUUUAUACAAGCCAAUGUAAUUGGGUUGAGCAGAGUAAUAAGAGUCUUGUUGACCCGCAGGUUCGGUCCUGGCUCACAUCCACAGGAGACAACACUUUAGCGAGCAGGAAGCCUGCGUUGUGGUGCAGGACAUCGCCAGCGCUCUGGAUUUCCUGCAUAACAAAGGUAAGCCUCCUCCAGCAGGGUCGAGCCAUAGCCCAGGGCACGCCUUCCAGGCCAAGGGGGAGGAUGGGGUUUUAACGUGGAUACUGGGAAUGGCAUGGCAAUGGGCGCUGGCAUCUGGAGAUGGGCUGGCGCGUCUCACAAGGGCAUUGCAACUAUCUGAUCUGGUUUCAGCAGAUUGUUGGAAGGCUCGGCCAACUGUACGCCUGGGUAUAAUAAAUGGGCUUAUGGUCUCGCGUGUUGCCUCCACACCUGGGCUGUUGGGUCAAAGGUUAGCCAUAGACGCCCUGUGAUCCCUAGCAGUAGCCCAUGCUGGUCAGUUGCCACAUGCCAAAAUCCCCCCACCCCUACUGUUUAAUUCACCAUGCCUCAGAAUGACGCCUCUUUUCCUUUUUUUAAAGGAAUGGCACAUAGAGAUCUGAAGCCAGAAAACAUCUUGUGUGAGCAUGUGGACAAGGUAAGUUUCCAUUGACGGGUGUCUGAUAUCUUUAGUCACUGGCCCAAGGGCACUCUAAUCUGAAGUUAAGUAUGAUUGCCAAUAAAUCGCCUUCCCCUAAAGUGCUAUCAUACCCAAUGAAAGGCAUAAACGACAACCUACACCCUGAACUUUGGUCACAAAUCUAUUGAGCGGCAUCAGAAGAAAGGAUGUUUUUGUAACCUCUAAAACGUGCCUUUCUCCCUUCCUCUGUAGAUCUCUCCUGUGAAGAUCUGUGACUUUGACCUGGGCAGUGGGAUCAAGCUGAACAGCGACAGCUCACCCAUCUCCACCCCAGAACUCCUCACUCCGGUCAGUCCGUAUACUACACUGUUGCGCCAGUCCAGUUCACCUUGACUCAUUUUGACUGCAUGAAUAAAUAAUCUUGUGGAAAUGCUAUGGGAGAAAUUCUAUGGAAGGCAGUAGGGAUCUGCAUCGUUCCUUUUGAAGACUAUUUGAUACGUAUCUAAAUAAAUGGGUUAAAACGAUACAUUUUAGUUUGAAACGAUUCGGUGCGUUUCAGUUUGAUUAGAGAAUGAAUGGAUGCGAUUUGUAACAUUUGUUGCAUAAACGCAUUCAUUUUCUAUUCUAAGUUCAAAUCUGUUGAUGGAGCUCAUUAGCUGGAUCUGUCUGAGCUGACUUCUGUGUGGGUGUAAAUUAUGUAUGUCUAUGGCGUAUACUCUGUAGGCACCUGAUCUGAGCCAUAAGGGAGACUGGGCAUCUACCACCCCACUACCACUAUAAAUUAGGGGGGGCAGUGUAGCCUAUGUUUUGUCCCCCUACUUUGGUUCUGAAAUUACAAUCACACACUAACUUGUCAUUUUUGCAGAUUAAGUGUUUGAGCUAGUAAUGUAUCAAUAUUUACAAAUUAGCUAUGACAUAGCAUAAAUAGAUAUAGCGCACAACUUUGGAUUUCACCGCAUCUCAAAAUCGAAUGGUUUUGACCGUUUGGAAGUUUUUGUUGGGUUUCUUUUCUCCGCCCGCUUUGGCCAUGUAGUGCACCUCGCAAAAGUGAUUCCUUGUUAUGAAAUUAUCAACAUUACAUGUGUAUAUCUAAAAAUGACCAUAUACACUGAUUGCUUAAAGCAAAACUAUUGCUGAUGGGGAACCUGAACAAUCGAAAUAACAUCUAUUGUAAGUCCGAAGGUAUAGCCAUGAUCAUUUGACUGAAUCGGCGAUUCGUAGCGUUUGAAUAUUUUUUUUUCUGACUGAUUCAUGUUACAUUUGGAUCGGUUUGGGGUCUGCGGACCGAUGCAGUCAUAUCUUAAACAUUUGAAUCGGGGACUGAUGCGUAUUGGUGAAUUGUUACGUCCCUAGAAGGCAGAUGUGCUGUGAUUAUAGGACGUGGCACAAAGCCCCAGUGAGGUUAAUCGGUCACAUGCCCUGCCGCUGGCUGUUUACAUGGGGCAGGUGGAUAAUAUGCAGGGUGGUUUUACAAUGCCACUCCCCAGUUAAAUGGGCUGGCCUGUAUGGUAUUGGACAAGAUCAGGUGGUGUCAUCUGGGGAUUGACUCUCAAGCAGUGUGUGUGUACCCCGCCCUUGGCGCGCUCUCCUAUCUGGCAGCUCCUAGGCUUAGAUAUCUGGAUUGCUCCUGUCAACUCCACUCAAAUUCCCAGAAGUCUAAUGUCCACAUCCUGCUACUUAUCAGUGGAAAUAGUGAGGCACAUGGGGUUAAACCAUCAUAACCCCAAGUUUCGUCAAACACAACUCUUUGAACCCUGAAUGGCACAGUUAUUGGAAUGGUUCAAAUGUAAAGGAAACCCAUCCCAUUCUUUGCGCCUCAUCCCAUAGCUGUCAGAGGAAGGGAGAUGGGUGUGAGCAGGUGAAGCUGAUCGCCCGUCCAGGCUAGCUAGAGGGGGAAUGUGGAGAAAUGUAGGGGGUGGUGGAUUUUGCAUUGUAACCUGACCUAGCUUUAGCAGCCUGUUGGCGGGCCAGCUCUGCCCUGGCCUGUUGGUUGAUUAGUUGUGGGACCAGGGCUCUCACGUGUUUAGUCUGGUGGGAUGGGGGGGUCACACUCGCACAUUUGGCCGACUGGGUGGCGUGAGUGUUCUCCCCCUCUAUGAUCAUGGGUCUCUGCUCUCUCCCUCACCUUGCCUGCAUCCCCCUCUGGUUUCAACAAUGGCCUGGUCUUUAUCUGAGAGUGCCCUGGGUCGGGUCAGACUUGUUUUGAAUAAAGGUAUUUUGUCAUUCCUGUGGAAAGAACUAGAUGUAAUAUCCUUGAGUAGGAUUAAGGCUACAGGGAACAGAUUGCACAGACAGCGAGGCCAAGCCAUGGUAUGUGGAAGUGGUUGAAUGAGAACCUUAUUUUCCUUGGAACGGUAAUUGGAACGAAACAAUGUUUUCCUUCACUGAUCCUCUGCUACAAUCCUCUUGUAUCACUUGUGCUGUAACAUGCAGAAACAGAAAUAGCAUUGCCACCCACCCUCCAGUCUCUUCCCGCACUGUAAUCACCACCCACUUUCUCUCACCACAUUUGUGCAAGCCUGCAUUUCUCUUUGUAUUCAUGAAACAAAAGCCCCAUGUCUGAAGCUUGUUCUAUAGAAAUUGAGUCUUGCCCUUGUACCUAGCAACUGUGCUUUGAUUGGCUGAGCCAGUGGGAGGGGGAGUGGGGGGAGUGGCGUGUGUACCCAGCGCUCUCCCUUGUUUUUCUUUGGCCUCAUCACAGGGACAAUAUUUUCUGAUUUAUUUCUCUCCCUCCCCCUCUUUUAAAUUGUUUUUCCCCCUUUACCCACAUGCCUGCACUUAGGCCAUGUUAUUCCCCAAUGUAUUUACAGAUUUUCAUGUGCUUGAGUAAAUAGAAUUUGAUAAAAGCAAGCGUGGGCAAUUUGUUUAACUGUACUUGUAGAGGUUGAAAGUCUUCAGGUGGAGAGGGGUGUGAAUUUCAGGGACUAGCUGGUCUCUUUUCUGAGAAUCAUGUUCAAGUGGUUUCCUGAGAACUGAGUGGUGAAAGCAGAUCUGCAUGGGGCUGUGUGCAGCAGUACGAGACCACACACAGGCCUGUGCUGCGCCUUAAGGGGAAUUCACAGAGUUGUCAGAGGUUUGUCAGGCACUUUUGUGCAACUGAGGCGCUGAUGAAAGACCAACUCCUCUUUCUGUAAGCUGUCCUCAAACAACAGCUGUGUUGUCAUAUGAUGACUGUAUGGGCUGACUGGUCACAUGGUUAGGAAAGUCCCAGGUUGACUUCACCAACAAAUCCUCAUACGUCCGCUGAUUAACCACUAUCUGUGUCACAGCAGGAUGGAUUGAGGCUGAGACUGAUGCAAGUCUUCAGUACUAUUGCCUUAUGCAAGUCCAGUAGUAUUGACUGAUGCAAGUCUACAGUAGUAUUGCACCAGCAGGGUUAUGUUUAUCUACUCUAGAAAGUCAAAUCUGCUGUACAAGUAUCAGUAGAACUGAGCUCUCUCAUCCUACCCCCUUUAGCAACCCCACACCCUUAUCAGUGCCUUGAGCAGUCAGUCUAGCCAGCCUAUCUCUGGCUGCUGGGUUUAGCCAUGUUUUUGAAGGGAGCUCUGAAACAUGAGUACUCUUUUGAUGAUCAUAAUCCCAUUACUCCUCUGAAGCACCUUGGUGUACAGAAAUAUAUUUUGUUCCAUGAUGCUGUUUUAGCUGGCAGUGUUGCAGUUUCUCUUGGGUGUUGCAUGAGAGAGGGUUGGAGUUGACCUGAAUCUGGGAGUGUUGUUGAGGAAGGCAACCAGCUGUGUUGGGGCGCGCUGGCCAACAGACUAGGCUUUGUCUGCUCUGAGUCCUGCACUGCGAAAUUGCAUUGCAUAAGGGUGCAGUGGGACGGAGCUGGGGUGACAGCUGGACCAGGGCUCACAAUAGAGGCUAGCUGUGUGCAAACAGACUGCUCUCCAGCCUCUCCUUGGAUAGAGGAAUGGGAUUUGCAGCAGACUCUCUCAUUGUUUGGGUUUUAUGGACAUUUGGUUUACCAGAGGUUAUCUAGAGCACCUUUCAUGAUAAAGCUAGCUAGCCAAUCAGGAUUGUUUAAAGGGUGUCCUUGAUACCUCUGCUGACCUGGGUUUAGUUUCUAUGGUCUGGUCAAUCUAACCCCACAGAUUCCUCAAUCAUGUUUGUUGAUUAUUGUAAUCUUUACGCCAUUUUCACGAUAUCCAAUUGGUAGUUUUGACCUCGUCUCAUCGCUGCAACUCUCAACGUGCUCAGGAGAGGCGAAGGUCGAGACAUGCGUCCUCCGAAACAUGACCCGCCAAGCUGUGCUAGUAUUGAAACACCAUUGGGUGUUUUUGUUUGCCGGAGUUAUGCAACUGUGCUGGGCUUUCUUAGACUGACCCACUGACAAUCCUCUUUUCUUAGCUCAGUGUUUGGCCUAGUGUUACAUCCGACAGUCACGCUGAGCCUGUAGCCGAUCCACAGUGGGUUUUGAGCAGAGUGCUAAGAGCAGGCUGUGUGAGUCACACAGGCCCCACUCAUCACUGCCCUCACCUCCCUGCCCACUGCACAUUAUGUUCUCCAUGCCUUGUUAUGUUUUCUACAGAGAUGUUUUGGAAAGCAGAGGCACUUAAAGGAAUCCAUCAGUGUGGAUAAUCCCCCCUCCUCCUGAGCCCCUCUGCUGUACUAGUUUAGUUUAGCCCAGAGCUGCUGUCUACCAUGUGACUCUCAUACAACAGAGUCUCAGACAGGCUUAUUAUUCUGUGCAGGCACAUGAGGCAUCAGCUGAAUGGAGAGUAAUGCAGUUUUUCUUCUUCUUUUUUUUUACCAAAAACUUGUUCACAGAUAUUGGACAGCAUAGACUUGUUUUUCCUUUUCACUGUUGUACCCACAUAUUACAUUCAGCUCUGAUUUUAUAUAGCUGCAGCAGUAGCCUCAGGUGGGAGUUGUUGACUGUUCCCAGCCCAGAGCUAACUAACCCUGCGAUCUGUCUGUUUCCUGCAGUGUGGCUCGGCAGAGUACAUGGCCCCUGAGGUGGUGGAGGCCUUCAGUGAGGAGGCCACCAACUAUGACAAGCGCUGUGACCUGUGGAGCCUGGGGGUCAUCCUUUAUAUCCUGCUGAGUGGCUACCCGCCCUUCGUGGGCCGCUGCGGCAGCGACUGUGGCUGGGAUAUGGGAGAACCAUGCCACACAUGCCAGGUAAGAAAGGAAACCAAGGCCACCUCCGGCUGCGUCAGAUUCUCGCUCGAGCUUUCUCUCCCUUUUGUUUAUCAUGUGCGCUCCUGAAACGGUAUCCUGUUUGUUUAGUAGGUAGUAUAGUAGUCCUAGAUGCACGUUUACAUAGGGCACCUGUGGCUUGCACACAAUUGUGAAAUUCAAGCCAUACGUUUCUUCAAGUUCCUUACUAUGUGAUGGUAAAGAAAGCGCUUAUUUAUUCUCCAGAACACGUUGUUCGAGAGUAUCCAGGAAGGGAAGUAUGAGUUUCCUGAGAAGGACUGGGCUCACAUCUCCUCAAGUGCCAAAGACCUGAUUUCCAAACUGCUUGUUCGUGACGCCAAGAACCGCCUGAGUGCUGGCCAGGUUCUGCAGCACCCUUGGGUGCAGGGGGUAAGUCUCGCGCUCUCUCGCUCUUGGGUAGAAUGGGUGGGGGUUGUUUUUGUCUACCCACCUGUUAAAACAGGUCUCUCUGCUUUUUGUUUUUUUAGGGUUUCUCUGACACUCUGCCAACAUCCAUCCUACAUCAAAGGUGAGUUCAUCUUUCAGAGUUCCUGAGGGAUAUGGGGUAUGUUAUUUAUUCUAGUGUAUCCUGAUCAGCUCAUUAUAGGAAAGUACAACUAUUGAAAAUGGAGUGUCACCACCUGCAUUGUUAAUGUUUUUGUUUGGUCUCCUCCUACCCUAUCAGAAACAGUGCCAAGGACUUGACGUUCUUUGCUGGCAAGGCGGUGGCCAUGAACCGGCAGCUGGCUGAGCAGGCAGUGAUGGAGGAGAAGCAGCAGCUUGACGAGGCUCCCUUGGUCAUCACAGCCAGCUCCACCUCCAUGCGCCUCUACCCUCCAUCCAACUCAAAGCUGGCCAAGCGCAGGCAGAGGGGCAGCCUCUUGAAGACUGAGCCCGUCUCUGCCGCCGAACUCUGCCAGCUCCUCACCCCCCUUGUCAUCACGUCAUCAUGUGCCUAAACCACCAUCUUUGACACCUCCCCCCAACACCGAUUCUGAUCUCUAGACGACCGCUCAGCCUGGCCUCUCUGCCACUACCUGGCCGCAGCUCCUCAGCCACACUGACUGACUGCAGGCAUGACCCCCUCUUUAACAGGAGACUGCUGCCAUGCCUGCUGUCUGUUUCCUAACUGCCUUCUGCCCCACAGCAGCACUUGUAAAGCACAUCAGCCGGGCCUGCAUACACACGCACAUCCAGGCUGACGGGCUGCUGGGCCUGCUAGGGACUGGGAGGUCGAUGGGAUUGGAGGCCUCAAGCUAAGGCAGAAAAUUUGAACCAAGCUCAGACACCAAAGUACUACCUGUUGUGCUGCUUUCACGUUAUAACUAGAUCAACUGUGACUUAAGUUUACCUAGAAUGUUCUCUUUGCCUGUAUGUCUGUGUAUGCAUGAAUGCCUCAUCAGCAGAUACAUACAUGCUUAUGCAAUAGCCAAGAUGACGUGUGGAGGGAUUCAGUGUAGAGCAGGCUGGACGCGAAUGAUGUUAGUUCCUGGUGCAGUCCAUUGUUUGGCUGGGACUUUCAAAGCUUUCUGAUUAUUUUGUUUAUCUUAAUGGAUAAAUUCCUCUUCAACUACACUGACUCUGUAGAAGGUUUAAGCCCACAGUACAAAACCUUGUGGCUGUGCACUUGAGCCUCUAGUACCAGAGAACGUGUAUCUAUAACCAGCCCUUAUUACGCUGCAAUGUCUACCAAUGCAGUUUAAUAGAUUAAAUGAAUUAUGCCAAACUAGCACUGGCCAUGCAUCAUUCAACGUUCAUUCCUCCUGAAUUUCUACAAUGCAAUAGGGGUUGAAUUAAAUGUGUUUUUCCUGCCUCUGCAAGAGAGGCUUUAUGCACCAACUCAAAGUUCUUGGCACAUGUAACUAAUUUGAUACCAGAGGGGUAUACUACAAAUCAGGAUCAAUGAGUUAGCCAGCUA